AACUUCGAACACAGUAAUGCCUCCCACGCCUCGUGGAACCGAAUGAACCUCACCGGCGGGCCCCACUAUCCGGCGACGGGGUGUCGCCGGAAACUGAAGCGUCCAAGCGUAUCCACCCUCUCCUACCGGCGCCGCCCGGUGACUCCUCACUCGAAGUGGAAGUUCUUCGACGACGACGAAGGAAAGCUCGCCGGAGGAGGACAAUUCCGGCGAGCGAGAGUCGCGGUGUCGGCGAGAAAGCUUGCCGCCGGGCUCUGGCAAUUGCGGUUCACGGAGGUCUCGGCCGGUAGUGGUGGUGGUGAAAUUGGCGGUUUCAAAUGCGGGCCGUGUGAUCGGGUUGGGUCUCAGCUUGUAUCUUCAAUGGAGGGGACUACAAAGUGGGAACCCAGGAGUUCGAAAGUGUCUCAUGACGGCUGCCGGUUUUACGGCCGCAUGACGCUUCUCCAUGAUCAAAAUGCUGCAUCUAUCUCUAUUGUUUCUGCUUUGCAAGCAGAACUAUUGGAUGCUCGAUCACGAAUUUGUGAGCUUAAAGCUGAGGAGCGAUCCUCUAAGAAAAAAGUGAAACUCUUGCUGAGGCAAGUUGAAGAGGAAAGGGUUUCAUGGCGGAGCAGAGAAAAAAAGAAAAUUCAUGCGGUUGUUGAUGACUUAAAGGAUGAAUUAGAAAGGGAGAGGAAGAUUUGUGAGAGGGUGGAAAUGCUCAAUACCAAAUUGGUGAAUGAGUUAGCCAAUGCCAAGUUAUCAGCAAUGCAGAUCAUGCAAAAUUACCAGGAAGAGAAAAGGGGGAGAGAACUAAUGGAGGAGGUUUGUAAUGAAUUGGCUAAGCAGAUUGGAGAAGAUAAGGCCGAGGUCGACGCACUGAAGAGGGAUUCGAUGAAAAUCCUUGAGGAAGUGGAAGAAGAGAGGCGGAUGUUGCAGAUGGCUGACGUUUGGCGUGAAGAACGCAUCCAAAUGAAGCUGGUUGAUGCGAAACUUGCUCUUGAAGAUAGAUAUUGCCAGAUGAACAAGCUGUUAACAGACCUCGAAACUUUUCUGCAGUCCAGAAGUUCUACCCUGGAUGUUAUGGACUUAAGGAAAGCCGAGUUGAUUCUGCAGGCAGUUAAAUCAAUGGAUGCUCAAGAUAUUAACGAAUUUUCGUAUAUGCCCCCAAAAUCAGAUGAUAUAUUCUCUAUGUAUGAAGAUCUCAUAAAAUUCAAAGCCAAGGGGGACGAGAUUGAACCUUGUGUAAAUUACAGUCCCACUAGACACGCUUCAAGCACUAACAAUGAUGCCUCUUACAAAAAUUCAAUGCUGAAACAUUCAAACCAUGCUAUUGAUUAUAACAGCGGGCUAGAAGAAGAAGAAAUCCGAGGCAGGGGAAGAGCUAGUGGUUCUGAGGCCUCUGUUGGUAGGGUCUUCAGCCAAGGGAAAAAUGUUUUGGAGAGUGGAACCGAAUGUGAUGAAAAUGCAGAGCCUGGAUCUGUGAGUAGUGAAGUCAGUGAGGUUUGCUUGCUUUCAGUUCCUAGAGGUGGUGGACUCAGACUCGGAUGCCGGGAUAAAGCGGCACGACGGGACGCAUCGGAGGCGGCCAAUCCACACAUCACUCGAGGAAUGAAAGGGUACAUAGAGUGGCCUCGAGGCGUCCAAAAGCAGAACUUGGAGCCCAAGCUUUUGGGGGUGAGGAUGGAAAGCCAGAAAUCUCAACUGCGCCACAUUCUUAAGCAGAAGACUUAGGUGAGCUACGCUUCUCAAAUUUUGUUGUUUUAGCAAAGUGUGAUCAGAGCAACACUCCUUAAUUUGUUUCGUAAUUCAAUUGAUGAUUUUUAGCCCUGCUAAAGGGGUGUUUCCUUCUCUUGGUUCUAGUUGUUGCACUUUAUUUUGAAUAUGAAAAAUAUAUAUGUACUUUGUUUCCAUAGAGAAUAGGAUCAUUUUUCCCAGCAGCUGUUAGAGAGGAAUGAGGAUGUACCCACACUCUUGUAUAAUUCAUUGAUAUAUGACAACAGAAUUGAGGAAAUAUAAUUGA